UUACUUCACCAGAGAACUGCCGCCAGAAUGGUUAUCAAGAGUGUGAGCGGAUAUUUUGAACAGUUCGCGACAUUCGAAAACUUUUCCUGGCAGUUUUGUUCCUUCGUGUUUCUGUCUACGUUAAUAUUUGCGCUGUAUCGCAUCCAACAGAGGGAAAAAUGGAGCAAGUACAUGCCUGGAGUGCGACUCAGGUUCUGGGAUAUGAGGAGGAGAUUUGAAAAAUUUACCACAUAGAAAGUUGACAAAGAGUAGUUAUUCCGUUAAUACGUGUUUACUGCAGUUAAUUUGUGCCUACGCAAGGAUCUUCCAAAAAAAACGGCAUAUUUUGCCUUUGGAUCUCAUAUACUCCCUUCGUGUUCUUCGUGAAAGCGCAAGCAGUUGAGGAUCUAAUUAGUGGAACGCGAACAAUGGAAAAAAGCUGGUCUUACAAAUGGCUACACCCUUGGCUGGGAACCGGUCUCCUUACAAGCCACGGGAGCAAGUGGAAGUCCCGCAGGAAAUUGCUGACCCCUUCCUUCCACUUUGAUAUCCUGAAGGACUUUCUUCCCGUGUUCAACGAACAGUCCAUGUCCCUCGUCCAACUUCUCAAGGCGGAGACCAAGAAGCCGUGGACAGACAUCAUCAUGCCUAUCACACUCUGUACCCUGGAUAUUAUUUGCGAAACAACUCUUGGUGUCAGCAUUGGAGCUCAAAAGAACAGUGACUCUGAAUACGUUCAAGCUGUCCUCAGGGCAUCAGAAACCAUUAUGGAACGAAUGACCAAGCCACUGUAUUUUAUGGACUUCAUAUUUUGCAACUCAAAGCUUGGGCGGCAGUUUCAGAAGGACCUGAAUUUACUCCAUGGAUUUACUCGUUCGGUGAUACAUGAGAAGAAACAGAAGCUGCUUGAUGGCAACACAGAAUUCUUGAACCGCAAAAGGAAGGCUCUCAUGGACUCACUUCUGGAGCAACACGUUCAGAAUGGGAAUCUCUCUGAGGAAGACAUCAGAGAAGAAGUCGACACUUUCGCUUUUGAGGGCCACGACACCACGUCAAUGGGAAUCAGCUGGUCUCUCUACUUGAUUGGCCUCUAUAAAAAUGUACAAGAUAAAAUCCACGAAGAAUUGGACGCCAUAUUCGGAGAUGAUACUGAACGAUCAGUGACGACUGACGAUCUGAAAGAUAUGAAAUACCUAGAUUGCGUUCUAAAGGAAUCUCAAAGGCUUUAUCCUUCAGUUCCAAUGUUUGGAAGACAAGCAAAUGAUGAAAUUGUUAUAAAUGGCUACAAAAUUCCGAAAGGAGCCGCUUGCAUCGUGAUGUCAUACGUGUUGCAUCGGGAUCCAGAAGUCUUCCCCGAUCCAGAAAGGUUCGAUCCAGAUCGGUUUCUGCCGGAAAGUACAGUGGGGAGACACCCUUACGCGUACGUUCCUUUCUCUGCCGGGCCAAGAAAUUGCAUCGGUCAAAGGUUUGCUAUUAUGGAAGAAAAAAUAGUAGUGGCCAACAUCCUCCGUAGUUACAGUUUGCAGUCUCUGGAGCAAAGAGAUCGGAUCACACCUGCACCAGAACUUAUUUUGCGAUCAGCUCAUCCUCUGAAGGUCAAAAUAACGCCUCGCACUCGAUGAAGAUUAUUUUAUUUGUUGCUUGAAUGUAAAUAGUAUAUUACUUUGGCGAAAGGUUUUUAAUAAAAUUCUUGAUGUUUUUCA